GUUUUCUUUCAUUCAUGGUAAUUUGCUACACGAGCGGAACGACUUCACAGCCUAGUUUCACGCCGGACGUAUUUUGAAUCCGCAACAAAUAUGGCGACCUCCGUCAGUCGAUCAUGCCUCACGUAUCUCUUGCAUCUUGCCCAAGAUAAUCUGGAUUUCAGAUUGCCGGAGAUUAAGGCCUUGCUCGCUCUCAGAGGAAAAGCGUUCCAUCCGAGUGGAAACUUCCAAGAAAAGACUCCUUUCUGGUGCCUUGAUGGUUUGGCUGAGGAGGACGUCCGCGGAGUCAUGGCCAGAUCUGUUUGUGCAAAGUCUGCUUUUGAACUUUGGGGCCACGGACAAACACACAGUGAACUCAGAACAUCCCUUUUGAACUACCCAUCCGAGAACAUGUCACCAUUCAUGCGUGAAGACUCAACUUACAGAAUCAACGUUUACACUUUCAACAAGACCCUGGAGUUCCCAGACAGAAUCAAAAGGAUUGAUGCUAUGGAUUAUCUUCCGUUUAAUGGAAGUGUGAGCCUGAAGAGCCCUCAGCACAUCUUCUGUUUGUUGGAAGAUUACGGCACAGACCCCAACGACAUCCCUGAGCAUCCAAACUACAUCUAUUUCGGCCGAUGGAUAGCAGAUGGACAACGCGAACUGAUCCGCUCUCACAGUGUGAAGAACAGACACUUCAUAGGGAACACUAGUAUGGAUGCUGGGCUCUCAUUUAUUAUGGCCAACCACGCUAAGGUCAAUGAGAAUGACCUUGUCUUUGACCCGUUUGUUGGCACAGGGAGCCUGUUGGUAGCAUGUUCUCAUUUUAGAGCCUACGUCUGUGGAACGGAUAUUGAUUACAACACUAUUCAUGGCAGAGGUCGCUCAAGCCGUAAAAACCAGAAGUGGCGAGGACCGGAUGAGAACAUCAGAGCCAACCUGCGGCAGUAUGGAACAGAGGAGAUGUACAUAGAUGUGAUGGUGUCUGAUGCAUCCAAGCCUGUGUGGAGGGAGGCAGCUCUGUUCGACGCCAUCAUUACCGAUCCGCCGUACGGUAUCAGAGAGUCCACGAGGAGAACAGGCUCCCACAAAGAUGUUACCAAACACGCCGACGGCAUCUACCUAGAGUCCCACGUCCCCGUCUCACAGGCGUACCACCUCAGCGACAUCUUCACAGACCUGUUAAACUUCUCCGCCCACCACCUGGUUGUGGGUGGGAGGCUCGUCUAUUGGCUGCCCGUCUACAGACCAGAGUACUCUGAGGAAACGGUACCACUUCACCCGUGUCUCCGGAUCCUCAGUAACUGUGAGCAGACACUCUCCAGCCACACGUCCCGACGCCUGAUCACCAUGGAGAAGAUCAAGAAGCCGGAGGAAUUUGACGGCCUUGCAGACGCCCGUUUCAGUCCCUACCAGGGACACAACGCCUUCAGAGAAAAGUACUUCAGUGGACUCAACAAGAGGUGCAUCAAAGAGGACAACAAAGCUGUUGUCAAUGGACAAUGAACACAUGGCUUGGCUCCAAGUCUUUGUCUUCAUAGGGUAGAAAAAGCAAGUGCACACAAUCAGAGCAUGGUGGCCUGAAAGAGGGGAACAAACUGAUCACUUAUUUGUUAUAGUUUCGAUUUUUCUAAAUCUUUCACAUGAUAGUAAUUCUAAUUAUAAGACUGUACUUGUUGCUUUGCAAAUAAAUUGAUAAAACAAGUGUCCUUAGCGGUAGUUGAUGCACACACAUAUUGGGGGAGGCGGUUUUACUGCCUUUCACUUCAAGCUUCACAGAGGCGUCCUACGAAGCUCUGGAUCACGUUACAGAGGCUACGGCCCCGUUUUACACAGUCUAUGCUUGAGGGGGUGCAUCCAAGUACAACAAAACCCAGAAUAAAGGAGUUUCAUGAGCUUAAAGUUCCAAGAUAAAACGACUGAGACCAACCAAAGUGGACAACACUGACCAGUCAAUCACAAGGUAGCCAGGGCAUAAGUGAUACAUCAAGAGGGGCCUUCUCUCAUGAACCUCUAUACAAUCAAACUUCAUUUUGCAGCCAUGAGAAAGGACGCUCGAAGGACCUUCCUGUUGGUUUUCUGCCGUAUGCAAACGGAAUGUGUAGAUGCACCUACAGCCACGGGCCCCACUCUAUUUUAGACGAAGGCAGCAUGUUUAGGUGAAAGAGGCCUCCCGCUGCCAGCCGAAAGGCUAAAUGACAGGACGUCCCCACCUCGCCACACGCCACUGCAGUUAUUCAGCAGCGUUUUGUUGUUUUCCACCCACAGUUUACAUGCACCCCGGCUCAUUAGUCAUCUCCUGAGAGCGACGCAACGGCCCUUUAUGUAUGUUACCCUCUGACUCUGUUUAUCAGUUGGGCCGCUGCCUUCCCACCACACUCCACCGUCCGCUCUGCUUCACAGGGAGAGGGUUC